AUGUAAUUUCUAGACUUCACAAUUUUUUAAAAACAUUUUCUCUUGUCUAAAUGUUUAAUGGCUGUCUCUUAGACUUUGUGUCUAUUAAAUGUAUGUUGGCAUGUGACAGUCAAACGUGCUCCUUCCCACGCAGUGUGUGACGUGGAGGCACGUCAUAGAUGCGUCUUCUCACCCUAUCGGCCCACUCCAGCCUCUCAGUCCACUGAUAACAGAGUGCUGGCACACGUGCGUGUGUUUGUCUCUUUUAAUGCAGCCUGAGUGACUGACUACAAAUCCUAUAAAAUAACAUUUAUAUUUACUAAAGGCAUCUGAGGUGUUGUUUUCUGUAAAUAAAAAGUUAAUACUUUUUGAAGUCAAAUUCAGAUACUCAAUCUAAGUAAAAUAAACAUGUCUGAAACACACAGGAGGUUUAUACAGACAGCCAGUUAGUAUGACGCAGUGAACGAGGCAUGUACACUGGCUUUUAUCAGAAUGUAAAUGUGGGAGGAGUAAGUGUCAUGAAUGACUGAUCUGAUUGAGGACGAGAUAGAGGGGGGCUCAGAUAUGAGCUGGAUGCUGAUGGAGAAGGAGUUCGAAUGAAAGGCCUUUGAAAACAAAUGAAAAGAACAAGAUGACCCAAAACUCAUCGGCUCAGCAGGAAUGUCUUCAGCUCCCCCAAGAACGGGUUCAGUCUCAGGAAUCACAGUCAUUGGUCAAGAACCAGUGGUUUGGGCUCCUGUUUUUUCAGUUUUGUCUUGCCUCCUGUAUCAUUGGUACAGUCAUGGGGUUGGGGUACUACUUCCUGCAAGAAGACACUCGAAACACUCAAGACCCUCUUCCCUGUCUCUCUCCAGCAUGCAUGAGAGUAGCAGAACGCUUCUCUGCAGUCAUGGAUCCUUUUUCUCGACCCUGUGAUUACUUUCUGUUUAAUUGUAAAGCAGAAAUGUCACCCAAGAGCAGAAGGAGAUACGGAGGCAAGAUCAACUCCCAUAAUGUCACCAGAACAGACGAGAUGAGAAGGAUAGUGCAGAGAGGGUUCGACACUGAAAGUAAAAGAGAUGACAGAUUACCUGACAGACAGACAGCUUUGCUCCUAGCAAUACAAGAGAUUCUGGAGUCUCCCAAUAGGAAUGUUACCAGUGCAGCACAGAAAGCACAGACCUUCUAUAACACCUGCAUGAGGCCUAACACUACAUUGAAUGAGAGCAUAUUUCAUGCCCAAACGCUAAUUCAGCAGCUGGGUGGCUGGCCUGGUUCUGAGCACUGGACUCAGCCUGAGUUGAACUCCACUCUGGCUCUGCUGAUGUCGCAGUACAACACCUUUCCUUUCUUUAACGUGUAUGUGGGCCCUGACCGCAAUGAGAGCCAGAACUACAUACAGAUUGAUCAACCGGACUUUCAGUUCCCUACUGAGUGGAACAACCAGACAAAGAGAACCAAAUUCAACUCGCAGUCUCUGCGUCCAUUCUUCGCAUCCUGUAGGCAGCUUUUGACUCUGUUGAAUGUUUCCUUCAGUAGCAGUACUCAGCAUUGUGGCUUGUAUAUGUCUCUGAGUUCAACUCUAGUUACAAACACUUCACCUCUUUCCUACCGACUCAACCAGAAACUCCUGUACCAUCGAAUCACCAUCCAGGAAUUACAAAAACUGGCCCCUUCUAUUGAUUGGCUCAGCUGUCUCCAGGCUACCUUCCAUCCUCUUCCUGUCAGCAAGUCAGAUUUUGUGUUAUUGCAUAAUCAACCUUAUAUCAUCUACAUGUCACAGAUAAUUAGCCAAUGGAGGCUUAAACACAAGCAGAUAAACAGUCAUCCUCUCCAAACUUUUAUGAUCAUGAAUCUUCUGCAAACACUUAUGCCUGCUCUGCACACCAAAUUCACGCAGACCAUGAAAAACUUCUCUAUUGCAAUUGACAAUGAAAAUGAGGAUGUGCCACGUUGGAGACACUGUGUACUGCAGACGGUGAAAGGUUUUGACACUUUGAUGAGUCAUUUGGUCAAAGACCAUUAUGCUGGUGAAGAGGCUGAAAAGCUGAUCAGUGAUAUAUACUACUCCUUCAAGACCAAAAUAUCCAACAUAAACUGGCAGAAUGAGGACACACGGGAAUUAGUUUUGAAUAAGAUUAAUUCUCACACACCAAGACUCUCCACUAACAAUGACUUCUUCAGUCAGCUGAGACUUGAUGAGCAUUUUGGAGAGGUGAUUAUGAGUGAGAAGAUCUAUUUCUCCAACUACCUACAGAUGCUUCUUCUUCACCAGAGGAUAAGGAGCAGACUGCUCUCUCACACUCCACAUCCCUAUGUUUUGUCUCUCCAUCCAUUUUUCUCUGGUAAUGACAUCAUCAUCCCAGUUGGAAUGUUUGUGCCACCACAGUUUCAUUCCUCAUAUCCCAGAGCUAUCAACUAUGGGAUGUUGGGGACCUUACUUGCAAAAGACCUCCUGCAUCUGCUGUUGCCUGAUAUCUUAUCUCAAUCAGAGAGUGCUGAGGGGGAGAGUGAAUGUGUGUGGUCACACUAUCUCACAGCACAGAAGGGAACUUCCUCUCUCUCUACAUCCCAGAAGCAGGAGGUGUGGGUGCAGUUCUCAGCCCUUCAGGUGGCUCUACUGUCAUAUAAUAAGAGUUUGCGGAGGCAUUCGGGUGACACCACCGUGUCAGGACUCUCUCACAUUCAGCUGUUUCUUGCCUCAUUCAUGCAGGCAACCUGUGACUCUGAGCCAUAUAGCACACUCAUGCCAUUUGAACCCUCCUUCCUGGUGACUGUACUGUGUGCCAACUCUGAGCGCUGUCCCAAACCACUGACCUGUGUGGAUAACAGAUCUCAGGGACAUCUUCCUGAACUGUGCUAGAAGUGUGGGUCUACUGAGGAACAUUAUUCAUAGCUGGGCACUAAAACAAUAAGAUGCUGCUCAGAAAUUUGAUGGAUACAAGGGGCAUCAAUGGAGACCAUGACAAUUACAGCAAACCCAUAAAUGCAUUAGAAUUUUUCACA